UUGCUCCUCACACUUGCUUUUGACAUAGUUGUGUUGAAGCACAAGCCCAGAAACAGACACCAUGGUGCACCUGACUGAUGCCGAGAAGGCUGCCAUCUCCGGCCUGUGGGGAAAGGUGAACGCUGACGCAGUUGGCGCUGAGGCCCUGGGCAGGCUGCUGGUUGUCUACCCUUGGACCCAGAGGUUCUUUGAACACUUUGGGGACCUGUCCUCUGCCUCUGCUGUUAUGGGCAAUGCCAAGGUGAAAGCCCAUGGCAAGAAGGUGAUCACUGCCUUUGCUGACGGCCUGAAACACCUGGACAACCUCAAGGGCACCUUUUCCGCCCUGAGUGAGCUGCACUGUGACAAGCUGCACGUGGAUCCUGAGAACUUCAGGCUCCUGGGCAAUAUGAUCGUGAUUGUGCUGUCCCACGACCUGGGCAAGGAUUUCACCCCCGCUGCACAGGCUGCCUUCCAGAAGGUGGUGGCUGGAGUGGCCUCUGCCCUGGCUCACAAGUACCAUUAACCCCCUUUUCUGCUCUUGUUUAUGCACUAAUUUUUUUUUGUCCCCUGGAGAAAAACUCUCCAUGUGGGCUAAAUAAUGAAGACCUUUGGGCUUCUACUUCUAUCUAAUAAAAGAUAUUUAUUUUCCUUGCAA